AAGAAAACCUAAAUAAAUUUCUUAAUAAAAAAAAAUAUAUACUCAAUAUAUCAGCCCUUCCGUUCAGUGCUGGCUAGGGUUGGCUAGAAGAUAUGUCAGUUGACGAGAAGGCGGGACGUCCUGAUUAAAGGGCAAAGAAAAUCGCCCAAUGGGAGCGCAAAGAUGAUCCUUUCAUUUAGUCUGGUCUGUCUUGUUUACAUGAAGCGUUCAGCUUAGCCUUUUAUCAAGAAACAUGCAGCAAAAGAUUUGACAGCUGGAGGUGACAGAAACACCAUCGUUGAACUGUAUUGUCUGUGCAAAACAAUACGUUGAGAAGACUGCUGAAAUAAGAGUUCUGUUUCCAAAGGGUGAAGUGUCUUUAGGGCCGUGGCAAAAAGAAACAUUGCCUGGGAAACAAAAAUAUUUGUUGUCUGCAGCAUGGAUUUUGGUGUGUGAGAGUCAUAAAGAGCAAAAAAAAGAUGCCAUACAGCAACAGAGAACUGGUGAAAGAUUUUAUAAGCUACAAACUGUCCCAAAAAAACUUAGUGUGGAACCAGGUUAAUGGGGAUGGUAGGACUGUUAGUGCUGGGGUCCUGGAUCCGGACACCGAAAGGGACGGGGGCCACGUCAACGGAUCCAUAAACGGGACGGACAAUGGGAGCAGCCUGGUCGGGAUCAAGGCAGUGAAGGAGGCCCUGCGAGAUUCGGGGGAUGAGUUUGAGCUGAGAUACCGUCGGGCGUUCAGCGACCUCUCCUCCCAGCUGCACAUCACCCCGGGCACAGCCUACCAGAGCUUCGAGCAGGUGGUGAACGAACUCUUCCGGGAUGGGGUGAACUGGGGGCGCGUGGUGGCGCUUUUCGCUUUCGGCGGGGCGUUGUGUGUGGAGAGCGUGGAGAAGGAAAUGGGGUCCCUGGUGGGGCGGAUAGCAGACUGGAUGACUACCUACCUGGACAGCAACAUAGAGCCCUGGAUACAGAGGCAAGGAGGCUGGGACACCUUUGCUGCGCUCUACGGGAGGGAUGCAGCAGCCGAGAGCAGGAGGUCUCAAGAAAGCUUCAUGAAGUGGCUGUUUGCUGGAAUGACUCUGGCUACCGGUCUCGUCGUCGGCUCCUACAUUGUACACAAGCGCUUGUAGAGCUGACGAGACACUCGCCACGCGACAAGGAGAAACACUCAACCAGAACCAUGUUGAGCAAAUGACUCUGCACACACACACACACACACACACACACAGGUGUCUCUCUGCAAUACCAAACUGCUUUGCAAAUGACUCUGCAUCCCCACACACACAGACGUCUCUCUGCAAUACCAAACUGCUUUGCAAAUGUCACAUUCCAGCCCCGGUGCUCAGGAUCUCCACCUUUUCGAUUUUUUGUUUGUUUGUUUUGUUUUGUUUUCUCUCCCAGGAUGACCUAAAUAAAACUUCAACACAACCUAAAAAAAAAAGAAAAAAACAUGCCGGCGGGUGGUUUCCUAAAGCGAGAUAGAUUUAGAAGUGAGAAAACUGACUUAAAGACUGUGUGAAGGACCAGUAGAGCCUGGCUGGCAAUCGGUGCCCGGUUCUUUUCUGACUCUUGUAACUGUCACUGCAGAGCGCAGACUGUUCUAGUUCACUGUGUUUUAAUACAUGUCACCACUGAGUAACAGCCUGGCCUCAGGUGCAUGUCAUUCCACUACACGCAUCUUUGCCAGGCUGGUCAGGACAGGUUGGCUUUUCUUUUCUUCUUUUUUUUCUGUUCAUCUGACCACAUGAAAGAAAGGAGAGAAGAGAACCCAUCACAUCGGACUUAAACCCUUGACACUGUGUAGUUAUAGAAACCGUUCUAUUGAUCCGAUGCUACUGCUGUACUAGUUCAAUAUUGCGACGCAGAAUAUGUAAGCAUCCAUUAAAGUCACAAGGAUCUCGCGAUUGUUCAUUAUCCGUGGGUUAAGACCACAGAGGCUAAGCAUGUGAAUGAUGCUUGACUGCUUGAGCAUGAUUCAGUUGAGGCUUCUGCUGCUGCUGCUGCACUAAUCUCAUUUUGAUCCGAUAUUUCCGGUUAGUCAGGCAGCUCUGUUUAUGAAAACAGCUACAGUCGCAUAAGACUGUGUCAUACACUCCCAUUGAUCCGGAUCAGUCGAAUCCUUGUGACUUCUGUGUACGUCAUUGCUUUGUGACACAUUCUGCCCAUCCUUUCAAAGAUUAUAAUAAUUAUUAUUAUUAUUAUUAUUAUUAUUAUUAUUAUUAUUAAUAUUUUUUUUUUUUUUUUUUUUUUUUUUUUUCCCCCCCAAUUACUAAACUUUUUUUCUUUUUCAUUUACUAAACUUUUAACUGGAUUUUUUCAAAUUUAAAAGUUCAUUCAAUAAAUGCAGUGAAUGUAUGUGGAGCAGUCAUAUUUGCUAAAAUGUUGAUGUGUUCAUCAAAUCAAAAAAUAUAUGUUGUUUUAUGUACCCAUUUUUUCCUCUAAAGUGCAACCAUUUCUGCAUUCAAAUGUUGGAUGAUAACUUCAAUCAUAAAUGACCAUAACAGGUUUUAAUCUACCAUUGUUUUUUGAAUAGCACACUCUGCCACUCUGUGGUGGAAUGUUGUAAUAACUGCGAUGGCCAACACACUUUUUCUGCACACCCCUGUAAUGUAAGUGGUGACAACACUGUAAGCAAACAGUAUGUAUGGUCAUGUAUCUUUAACACACCAGAACGGAGUGCAUUUCCAGAUGCUUAAGUCAGUUCAGUAAUAAUAUCAAACAUCGUGCUGGAGCCGCUUCUGCUAAAUUACAAUAUUUCCUAAUUUCUUGGUUACUUUUUCAAACUGUGCUGACUUGUAUUUGUCCUAAAACAAAAUCAGAUGUGUGACUUGGGCAGGUUUUUACUUAACAUCAUGAAUGCAUAAGCAACCCUACCCCUAAUGCUGAACCCCUGUGCUGUUUGCCGGUGUUCAAACACUGCCUGUAAGGAGGGAACGGGUCCUUGGGUCCCAGGGUUCCUCUGACGGGGGUACUUCUGGGGUAGCUGCCAAGCCGUCCUAUCAACGUCCACAAUAUGAAGUGUUUAGUGUUGCUAAUAGAUGAUUAGAAUGAGGCAUCCUGGGGACUGGAGUUGCCCGCCCUGGCUUAAAGCAGCCCUGCAUUCAGGGGUUGUAGCUUCUGUUAAUUUGUAUGUAAUAGUUAUAUAUUCCAUACAACCUAAUUGAGAACAUGGUUGUUUUUUUUUGUUUUUUUUGUUUUGCUUGAGGUCGUUUCUAUGCUGCAUCUUACUUUUCAAGUUCUUAUGCCAGAAUAACCAAUGCAGCACUACAUUACCUACUGUAGUUGAAAAAUUAAACUCAAUUUAGUAUACUUUCAUUAGAAUAUUUAAUAAACAAUGUUAUUUAAAUAUAUUAUUCCAUGUACAGCAUAUACAAUGUUUUCACGUUGCCUUAAUUUGUUAAUACAUGCAUUUUUUUUUUGUUUGUUUUUUUGAGUGAAAGAUGAUUUGUUUGAGCUCUUUCUGCAAGGGAGAGUGUGUAUUUAUGGGCUUGAAUUUGUUCACCUUAGUUAAAGUUCAUGUAAACCUUAGAACACAAAAAGGAAAACCUGACUUCUUUUAAAAGCUUUUUCAAUUAAUUUGUUCAAUCAAAUCUGUAUGGGAGACUACCUGUAUAGGACAGCCUCUUUUGUAGUUAUUCCCAACUAUUGAAUCCUAGUAUAUCUCUCUAUCUAUCUAGCUUGAAUAUAUACAUGUCCGCUGUAUAGAGACAGUAGUUUAUAACCUGUAUAUAACAACACCUGUAUAUAAAGACUACCCCCCUUAGUUGUUUUUAUAAACAGGUUUGACUCAUCAUUUCUUUUUUUUUUUUCAUUUGUGUGGAUCCCUUCCAAAGUUCACCUCUGUAAAAUUUAAUUUAAUUUGGAAUUGUGACCAAAUACAGUAUACUUCUGCAAAUUCAAGCCCUGUUAUUACCUUAUGAAAAAAAAGAUAAUUUAACUUAAAUGUAUAUAUUUUUGUUGCACAGAAAAUAGAUUUAUCAUUUUUGUUAAUGUCUGUUAUAGCUAUUUGGUGAGCUUGAACAGUAGAAAGUAGAAAUGAAACACUGCUGUUUGGUGUAAAAGCCCAGCAUACAGCAUGUUUAUGGAAACCCAGAUAAAGUGGCCAACAUGCAUGUAUUUCAGUGUAUGUAGACUGUAAAUACCUGGGCAGGGAACCUCUGCAGAGUUUGCAGAGCAGUCUAGGAAACAGGCAGACAAUUGACUGCAGUUUCAAAGCCGCCUUUUCUCUAUAAACUUUGUUCUGGCUUAACUAUACACAUGAUGUCAUCGAACCCUCGGGUCAGUGGCACAACGGUUAGAUCAAGAUGUUGAGACUGUUUGCAGGCAGAGUUUAGCUGCUCUCUGUUCUCUGUUGAUUGUGUAGCUGUAGAUGUUCUAGCUGAAGGCAGAGGUUGGUUAGGCACGGGAGGGUUGUAAGUUUAUACAACUAACAGAGUGAAUGCUGAGCAGUAUUUUGCUUACACUUUUGAUGUACCACUUGAAUCCUAAUAAAUGGAUUGCUCUCUGCUUGCAACCUGAAUGGCAUUUCUCAAUGUUUCACCUGGGUGGCUCUUGCAUUCAGAAUAGGGGACAUUUGGAGAAGUGGGGGGCACAAAUAACAUUGCUUCAUAGAGCUGAAGUGACAACAGCUAGCUGAGAAUAUAUUUAAACAACAAACCUUGUUUUAUAAUCAUUGGAAUUAACGCACGCACGCACAGGCUGGACUGAAAUGAGACACCUAAGACACUGCACAGUUCACACUGAGCAUUCAUGACAACCAUGCUGACCGAGGCACAUAGCAACAGCAGGGUCCAGCCAUCGCUCGGGAUGGAGGAGAAGGAUUCUCAUUACUUUCAAGACAACCAAGUGAAAAGAAAAGGGCCUGUUGGUGGCAACUAGUCCUGUUUAAAAAUACACUUCAUUAGAGAUUUAAGACGUCUAUGUCUUAUAUUACUAUACAAUAGAGUGGUAAAAGAUUCAUUAAAAUUUGAUCAGUUUUACGUGGGAGUAAUUUCCUCCAAGACCGAACGUACAGUAAUCAAGCACAUGGUAACCCCCCCACACCCCAAUACAUUUACAGGCAACUAAAAACAGGUUUUGUAUUUGUAUCAGGCAAGUUCAUAUUAUCAUUCACUGGCUUGUUGUGGUAAGGGUGAUUUAUAAUGCAACUGUGUAGUACUAGUUUAAUUGUACAUGAUAGAGGGGGCGUUUGCAUGUAAGCACUGUGUUUAACAGGCCGUUCUGCCGUACAGUAAGUGAGUUUAUUGAGUUAGAAGACCAAGCUGGAAUUUCAGUAUUCCCUCCCUUGAUGUGUCUAAUAAAGCUUGAGCUGGUAUCUA